UGGGUGGAGGCGCGUGUAACUGAUCUGCCACGGAGCUCACAGCAGUCUGAAACAGACUCUAUAACAAACCAGAGUCAAGCGGAAACGCCCCACUCAGGAUUCCCAUUUAGUGCACUUCUCUGGAGAUACAUUUGACCAAAUUUAGCUAACUAAAACUAAAAGUGGAAAUAUUGUGGAAGUAUCGCUGAUGGGUUAUAGCGGAUUUUAGUGGGAACUCGCGUGUUGGAUGUCACGCAGAAUAAUGGACGCGCUCAGACUCUCCGCCGCUUUUCUUUUACUUGCGACUUUAUUCGGCUGUGGAAACACUAUACAGUUUCCCGAGUCUAACCUGACCCGAAAAUGGGCGUUGCAGAUGCAGAAGGAACUAUUGGAUUUGAUCGAUGGUGAGACUGGCAUAGAAACACUCAAAGAGGUUUUCGAGAAAUUGCGGCACCACUACACUGUGAAACACAACAACGCUCAACAACUGGUGGCAAAAGCUGCACGAGAAAUCGAGAAACUUCUCGACAAUCGCUCCAAAGCUCUAAAAGCAUUGGCCUCAGCAGCUGAGAAGCUACAAAAGGAGCACCAGUGGAGGGACGAUUUUGAUGUUGAAGACGCCGUCUACUAUAAUGCCAAAGACAAGUUUAAUAAUACACCCUCUCAGAACCGGAUCAGACCAGAAUUUGAAGACGAUCCUGCUUUCAAACGUCCAGUUUCAUACAACACGACAGCAGUACACAUCCCCACUGACAUCUACAAUGGUUCCACUAUAAUCCUGAAUGAGCUGAACUGGACCGCAGGCCUUGAUGAUGUCUUCCGAAAAAACAAAGAAGAUGACCCAACACUCCUCUGGCAGGUCUUCGGCAGUGCAACAGGCCUGGCCCGAUACUUCCCAGCUUCCCCUUGGGUUGACACGAAGAACAUUGAUCUGUAUGAUGUACGCAGAAGACCCUGGUACAUCCAGGGUGCAGCUUCACCUAAGGACAUGCUGAUCCUGGUUGAUGCGAGUGGAAGCGUUUCUGGACUGACGUUAAAGCUCAUUCGUACUUCUGUUAGUGAGAUGCUGGAAACACUGGCCGAUGAUGAUUAUGUCAACAUCGUCUCUUUUAACAAUACAGCCAAGUCAGUGUCCUGCUUCGAAAACCUGGUUCAAGCGAAUGUCCGCAAUAAGAAGAUUUUGAAGGAGGCAGUGCAUAAGAUCACAGCGAAUGGUACAACCGACUACAAAGUUGGCUUUAAGGAAGCUUUCGCUCAGCUCUCAUCAAUGAAUGUUUCAAGAGCAAACUGUAACAAGAUCAUUAUGCUGUUCACUGAUGGAGGAGAGGACAGAGCAUCAGAGAUCUUUAAUGAGUACAACAACAAAGACAAUAAGGUUCGAGUGUUUACCUUUUCCGUAGGCCAACAUAACUACGAUAAAGGGCCGAUUCAGUGGAUGGCCUGCGAAAACAAAGGUUAUUACUAUGAGAUCCCCUCCAUCGGAGCUAUUAGGAUCAACACCCAGGAGUAUCUAGAUGUGCUUGGCAGACCAAUGGUAAAGGAAGACAAAAAAGCAAAGAACGUGCAGUGGACCAACGUUUAUUUAGAUGCGCUGGAGCUAGGCCUGGUAAUCACAGGGACUCUUCCAGUGUUUAAUAAAACUGGCAUCAAAACCAGUCGGGGCAAAAUUAAGGACCAGAACCAGUUGAUUCUGGGAGUGAUGGCUAUAGACGUGUCUCUGGAAGACAUCAAGAGAUUGACUCCUCGAUUUACUCUCGGUCCAAACGGAUAUUACUUCGCCAUCGACCCCAAUGGCUAUGUGCUGCUCCAUCCGAACCUUCAGCCAAAGAAUCUGAAGUCUCAAGAGCCCGUGACGCUUGACUUCCUGGAUGCAGAACUGGAAGAUGAAGUGAAAGAAGAAAUCAGACACAACAUGAUAGAUGGUCAUCAUGGAACCCAGACGUUCCACACACUUCUAAAGUCACAAGAUGAGCGUUACAUAGACAGUGGCAUCAGAACUUACACUUGGGGUCCAGUCAGUCAUACAGACUACAGUCUUGCUUUAGUUCUGCCCGAGUACAGUCUCCACUACAUCAGUCCCAAAAUAGGAGACACCAUCACUCAAGCCAAAUUCUCUGAAAGUCUGAAGGAGGAGAAAUUUGAAGAAUAUGGAUACACUUUUAUAGCACCCAGAGAGUAUUGUGAAGAUCUCAAACCCCAGAGCGACGACAACAUAGAUUUUCUUAAGGACUUGAAUGAAUACAUCGACACGAAGACCCCCAACGACCCACUUUGUAAUACGGACCUGACUAACAGGAUGCUGUUGGAUGCUGGUAUCACUGCCGAACUGACCAAGCACUGGAACAAACAAAGGCCGAGCGAGAGAAUCAGGGCUAAGUUUGUGGCUACAGACGGCGGUGUCACUAGAGUCUAUCCUGCAAGUGCUGGUCAUGAAUGGACCGAACAAGCAGAAACAUACGAGUGCAGUUUCUACAAGAGAAGUCUGGACAAUGAUCUUUACAUAUUUACAUCCAAACCAUAUGCAAACGAAACACAAGAGUCUGUUUUGGUAAGCAGAGCCAUGGAUCUGAAGAUCGAUGAUUUUAGGCUGAAACCAGCAGUGGUUGGAGUAAAACUAGACAUACUGACUUGGAUGGACAGCUUUAUGAAUGCUACCAUUUCAUCUGAGUGUGCUGGUGAAAUCUGUGGGUGCAAAAGGAACGAUGAGAAUCUGGAUUGUGUUCUUCUGGACGACGGCGGCUUUCUCAUCAUGGCCAAUCAGGACGAGUACAUCAGUAAGAUUGGAGAGUUUUUCGGUAUGGUUGAUCCUGGCCUGAUGAGAAAUCUGAUGAAUGGAUCGCUGUUCUCCGUCAUCAAAACAUUUGACUAUCAGGCUCUCUGCGAUCCCGUAAAAGAAACGAAAGCCGCCGCUGGUCUCAGAUCAGUCUAUGUGCCCACCAUAGCUAAUAUCUUGAACAUUGGUUGGUGGGCAUCUGCGGCCGCCUGGUCAAUGUUGCAGCAGUUGUUUGUCAGCCUAACAUUUCCCAGUUUCCUUGAGGCAGCGGAUGACAAGCAGUCUGAAAUCUCAUCUAAGGAGAGUUGCAUUACAGAGCAGACGCAGUAUUUCUUCAAAGACAAUGGGACAAGCUUUAAUGGAUUUGUUGAAUGUUUUAACUGCUCCAGGCAGUUUAUUGCCGAAAAACUUCCAAAGACGAAUCUGGUCCUCAUUGUUGCUGAUGCACAGAAGAGUUGUAUGAUGUGCAAAGAACCCGUGUUUUCGCAAGAGGAGAAGCCAUCUCCGGGUCCAGAUCCCUGUAAGAUAGCCCUGAACCCACGGCACCGAAAGGGUCCAGAAAAGUGCUUUGAUGAUAACGCAAGCGAACAUGGGGCAGAUUGUGGCGGGGCAUCGGGUCUGAUUCCACCUAUGGUAUCCAUGGUCAUCCUCCAGUUGCUGCUUCUCUGGCUUCUGACUGGACAAGGACACUGCCUGUUAUGACCUCAUUUUUGAAACCACAAAAAAUACCUACCGCAUCCGACGACACAUUUCAGCGUUCAUCCGGACUCCCACCCUACAUCCCAGGAUAUGAAAAGGGAGAGUCGCUGACCCAGGAAGUAGAAAACCAAUGCCAUGAUCACUCACAGCCUUAAAGGUCAAAGCGGGUCACAGAUGAUAAAUGAGCAAUGACCUUUGACAUUUGACCUUUGAGGUCGCACUCUCUCCGCACGGGCAACGGGGUGGGCAGUUUCAAAUGGGUGGGCAGACCUUGACACUUCAUCUUCACUUUGCCAUAGGCCACGUAGGUCCUAUUCUUUCUGAUAUCCAAUCACAACACUGCCAACCAAAGUUCUGCCCUAUACCAGUUUGCCUUCCUUUUUUGAACCUUUUGUCCUUCAACAUAUUUUUAAUGGGAAAUUCCUCAGUAUUACAAAAACUGCACAUAUCAGACUGUUACAGCCACCCUACGUGCACCGCUGAGAUGUUUUAAUGGAGCCCUCUGGGUUGGGUCAAAAUACCGCCUUGUUUUUUGGUUUACACCCCAUUAUUUUAAAAAAUGGACCAAUGAGUGACUGACCCAAUGGCAAAAGUCUCCUGUUUUUCCCUGUGGUGUCCACCUUUGUGCCUCUGGAAUAUCGGUUUCAUUUCCCACCGCUAUGUGUGUGAAUAAUCCUUCACUGUAUUUAUCACAUAUUGGCUGUGAUUUUCUUCCACCCACGGUGCAUUAAAAUGCGCACCGCUGCCAAAUGUUACCCUUGUGUGGUCUCGCUGUACUUUGCACUUGAUGCCAAGCAGGUCAAUAGGCCAACCGGGUUUUUAUAAAUGACGGCCGUUUCGCACUGAUUGAAAGGAGGAAAUAGCCGCUGUUGCAUGCGUGUGUUUUUGUGUGUGUUUUAGGAUAAUUAAGUUAUUUAAAAUGAGCAGAGAUAGUUUGUGUUAAAAGUUGAGUAGCCUGUAUUUAAUGAAUGUGUGGAAAUACAGAUUUAGGCUGAAAGCUGUAUUAGUCGUACAAUUCAUGACAUUUAUUGUUGCUGUUUGCUAGACUGAAUCUUACCUGAAGAACUCAAAACGGAAAAAGUAUCCAAUGUUUACAGAUUUUUGGAGAAUUGAGGGUUUUUCACAUAAUGUUGCUACUUGUCCCUGGCGUUGCUGGUUUUUCAAGUUUAUUUCGUCGGCAAGCUCUGAAGUCUGUCAUUUUUCAUCUUGUCACAGUCAUUACUCUGUCAGCUUUUCCUUCCUGUCAACGUGCCUUGAUGUAAAUGGAAAUGUAUAAAAAUAAGGAAAGGAAUAUUGCAGUGUGCAAUCUGACCCUAAGUGUUUUGCAGAGCAAUGGAAAAUUUCAUCAUUCCGAAUGGGAAAACUGAUGACCCUUUAAGAGAUCCCACGUUAGAUCUUCCUGCUUUAAACACGUUUGGGAAAAAAUUA